AUGGGAAGCUCAAAUUCUAAAACAGGACCCGAACAGCAGCCUUUGAGCUGGCGGGAGGCGAUUGGGCGCCGCUUACGGCUCUGGAGAGAGUUUAGACCCUUCGUUGUUAGAAUCGUGAACGCUGUGGGCUUCGCAGGGCGAAAUGUGAUUGCUGGGCUGUUGGAGUCCCGAACUGAGCCAGAACGCGGUUCAAGAACCGAGAGCGAAGAUCGAAUUGAGAGUCAAAUCGAAACCCAGGUGACGCAUGAAAGUAGUAAGAAGGAAGAGCCAGUAUCGAGCUCUGCGCUCGCCAAGUAUGCUACCACUGGGUCUGGUCAUGAAGAUUUGAUCCCAGUAGAGUCAAAAGGAAAUGAACAGGACGAGCAAGACGGGGAGGAUAGGACGGUAACCGUGAUUGAGACUCUACUUGCAGAGGCUCUGCGAGCAAUCUCUGUUGAAGACCUUGAAGAUAUUGACGAUGACGGCGACCAGGAUCGUUUGGCACCUGUCUCAAAAAAUCAGACUGGAACCGUUUCGGACAUUCAAAUCCCAAGUGAAAUAGCUCACAAAAAUCUAGGUAGUAAGGGUAAGCAAGAACUCAUGGCAAAGGCUCCAGAUUCGGAGCAUAACUUGAAGAAAAAAGUCGCUCAUGCGAAGCUUGCCUUGACGAAAAGAUUGCAGAGGUAUCCAGCAGUUCCGGAGGGUUCUAAAGGACCUGAGCCAGAUGAAGAAGAACAAGGUAUCGCAGUAGAGGUUGUCCGAUCAUCGUUGGAUGUUGCGCUUCCAACUUACAUCAAGCGCAAAAAAGCCGGAUCUAGCGAAUUUUCUCAGCCUCGUGUGCCUUCUGCGCUAUCCUUUGAGCGCCGGGAACUGACUUAUGACAUGGUUUUGGAGGAAUCAGAGAAUCUUGGCGACAUCUGGAUGGACAGUCCUGACGACUUUGCGCUUGCGGGGGAUGAAAUCUCAUUCACUGUUCCUGCAAACAUUCAGGAAGAGCGCACCAAGAACAGACGCAGCGACCUUCAGUGGGCUAAGCAACUCUAUUCGCGUUCACGCCUUGAUGGUAAAUCCAUUCGACUAAUCGAUAUCUUGCCGGCUCCCUCUGGGCCAGUCAAGGUCGAGCUUUCUACGAAACCUCUUAUUGAGGUGAAGAAUGACUAUGAAGCCUUGUCAUAUACUUGGGGCGACCCAAAGUGGGGUGGUAGGAUAAGGGUUAACGAUAUCGAAGUCCCCGUAACGGGCUGGUUGGCUCUUGCUCUGGAGUCGCUUCGCCUGCCAACCGAGAAGAGGACUGUAUGGGCCGAUGCAAUAUGUAUCAAUCAAGCAGAUCUGGUGGAAAAAUCUCUAGAGAUCCCGAAAAUGGGUGACAUUUAUCGAUUUGCCAAACGAGUUGUUAUUUUCCACGGCGCGCCUUCGACGACCACGCCCGCGGGAAGUCUAAUCACGGCUCUUUUUAAGUUCUUGACGAGAUUUGACCAAGAAGAUGGCACGGAGAUGCCGAACAGAGCAGAAGAAGAUCCAUUUGUGGGGUUUGAUAAAGCAUACGUGUGCAAAGGAUUCAUUGACUUUUGUUGCAGGCCCUGGUGGAGGCGUGUAUGGACAAUGCAGGAAUUCUACCUCGCAACUGAUGAGCCAAUCUGGCAGUGGGGUGCCACAGGUGCGAGCAACGCGGCGUUGAAGCGCGACAUUGAAGCUCUAAUGGAAGCCUCUUGGGACUUAUAUGGAGGGAAACAGGUGGAACAAUGGAUCCAUCGGCAGGUCGAAGGAGCUACUGGAAAGCCGGUGACACAGUUCGGUGCGGAAGUGCGUCGAAUCUCCGAGCUGAUACAACGACGGCAUACAUCACACGGCUUCGACAUUCCAAGUCGACUUUAUAGGAGUUUAGAUGUGAACGCGACGAACCCUCGAGAUCUAGUUUACGGGCUUCGCGAGAUGUUCGAUCCGGUGUUCCGCAGGGUAUUUGUACCGGAUUACCGAAUGCCCGUACAAUUGUUAUAUGCAUGCCUCGCAGUAUUUUUGAUUCAGUUCGAAGGAUGGGCCGAUGUGUUGUGGUGGUAUCCGCAUGGCUUUGCGGAUGAAAAUCUUCCAAGCUGGUUGCCAGACUUCCGAAAGCGCGUGAUUCCAGAUGAACUGGAGAUUUUGCCUCGAGACUCCGUUCUUACUGAAACACAUCACUUGAAACUUCUCGUUUUAGACCACGCGAUACAUGCAGAAGGAUAUUUCGUUGACACAGUAGAAGGUGUUAUAGUGGUCGACAAGGAGGACACUCAUGCUAUCUUGCGUUCUCUUUGGGAUUUCGACAAGAUCUCACGCGAGUCACCAUCGGCCCUGACGGAUGAAAUGACAGGAGGCGAACAGAUAAUGUCACUCUUUAGGACGAUUCUCGAGCUCUACAAUGCUUCAUCAUGGCAGCGUCCAGGCUAUGUUCUCCAUCGCCAGCGAUCUGUUCUAGCUUGGACGGCUGAUUGGACUAGACAGGACUGUAUUCCUUCACAUGUGAUCGAUUGUUUCCCAUAUGGAGAGAAUCUCAUGUGGAAAGCGUUCAAGCAUGGACAACCCCCAUAUCCUGAGCCUCAAGGCGAUUUGCGUACCGGUAUCCUGAAUGAAAUAUUCCGUCCCGAGGUCGCUGAGAUUUUUCGCAAAACUAUUGCGCAAGACUUCAUCAGUGAUUGUAUUUUUGACUGGGACGCUCUGGAUUUCAUGUUGAACCAUUUGGCAACUGAAUCUCCAUGGUCUAGUCCAGACGCUCGGCGCUGGCAGGCCUUGACUUCUCAAUCUGGUGAACAACAUACUAGUUGGAUACAACACCGCGCCGACGAGAUACAAUCGUUUCUAAACGAACUUGCGCGAAAAGCAGACCGAGUACGGGAUGGGUUUCGAUACCUUCAUGAAAUUUGCGCUCUAGUUAUCUUGGGAUCCGAUUCUUACUCGUCGUUUGUUGACCUCGUGACGGCUUUGAGAUCAGCAGGUGAAAGACUUAAAAGGCUAACAGAGAAUUUUGAGGCUAAUGUGAUGUUCAAUGACCCUGACCCCACCGACGAAUCGUUAAAAAAGAAGAUGCGUAUGUCUAAUGCGAUCACCACUCAUUACAGUGGGCGCUAUCUGUUCUGGACGCGCCGAGGACUUCUCGGCAUGACCAGCCCAGGGGUUGAGUUGAAGGGAGGGGAGACACUCCUAAUGCUGGAUGGGUUGUCAUUUCCAGUCGUGGCGAGAGACUUCAACGAGAAACAAGGUCGCGGGAGGCUUUCGGGCUGCUCAAUCAUUCAAGGAUUUGAAUUGAGUGAUCGUAUUGACAUUUCUGCCAGUGUGCCUGACGGCUUUGAGCUGGGAAGUAAGCGUCUCUUCAAAUUCAUAUGA